UACGUUGUAUGUACGUGUGGCAAUAAGGCACAAGUACCUUGAGGAGUGCUACGUCGCAAGGACAAUUCUCCGCGAGAAAAUCGUUGUUUGAAGUCGAGAUCUUUCUAAUAUAAUUUUACGAGAUUAAUCAUGAGGAUUAAUUCAAUUGUGCCGAACUUCGAAGUCGACAGUACCCAGGGGAAAAUCAAUUUCUACGACUGGCAAGGAGAUUCAUGGGUCGUUUUAUUUUCCCACCCUGCCGAUUUCACGCCGGUUUGCACCACCGAAUUGGGUCGUUUGGCAGUGCAUCAGCCCCAUUUUGAACGUCGAAACACGAAAUUGUUAGCUCAUUCAGUGGACAAAUUACAGGAUCAUGUCGACUGGGUUAAUGAUAUUAAAUCUUAUUGCCAAGACAUUCCCGGAGCUUUUCCUUAUCCAAUUAUUGCCGAUCCGGAUCGUUCUUUGGCAGUGAAGUUAGAUAUGAUCGAUGAAGAUGGCAAGGAUGAUCCAGAACAAGCGUUAACUGUUCGCGCUUUGUACAUUAUAAGCCCCGAUCAUCGUUUACGUUUAUCCAUGCAUUAUCCAACGUCCACUGGACGCAAUGUAGACGAAAUACUGAGAGUUAUAGAUUCCCUGCAACUUGUCGAUAAGAAACCGGAAAUAGCAACCCCUGCUAACUGGGUGCCUGGUGAAAAGGUCAUGAUUCUUCCAACUGUGAAAGACGAAGAACUCCCUAAACUCUUCCCCAAAGGAGUGGACAAAGUAUCAAUGCCUUCUGGAAAGGUUUACGUCCGUACAACCACAAAUUAUUAAACGUAUUCAUUGAUGAAUGCGAUGUAUUUUCUUAUAUUUUUCAUUCGUGUGAAAUUAUUUUUUAACAACCACUCUUUUGUUUAUCAUAAAACAUUGUUUAAAAAGUAGGUUAAAAAGAUAAUUUUU